GUGGAAUAGAGCAGCCAGUCUGCGCUGAAACAUGAAGCCAACCAUCAGAACAACUUGUCAUUUACUUCAACAUGCCAAGUGUAUCUUCUGAAAGAGUUCCUAACCGCGCACUUUUUAAACCUCGCCAUAAACACGCAGGCUAAAACUAUAACUUGUCUUCUCUGUCCCGGACAUGUGAACGAGAGACGUAGUCACAACUUUUCUCUCGGCCGGGAGGAGGCUUACCGGAAAGACUCCGAGCAGCCACUGUUUAUCCGGCCGCGUCCAGCCUCCGGGGCGCACUCCAGUCUCUGUUGCGCACACAAUGGAAAACAAAACAAGCGGAAGGAUGAGCGCCAUCAGCACCUCGCUCGCCGACUCCACCGACAAGAGAGUAAGUGACUUGAUUGAAGCUAGCUUCAUGAAUGAUAAACUACCAAACGAGUCACAGCCUCUGACUCGCAUGUCCUCCGCCGCGCGUAAUUUUGGAAACGUCGGCGCACUGUUCCACGGCUUUAAUUCGAGCGGCGACGGCGCGGUUUUCAAAGACUGCGCAGUGCUCGAUGCUUCUUCACCCGCCGUAAAACAGUUCUACGACCGCGGCGCCGAGUAUCUGAAGUGUGACGCUGUGUCGUGGGAGGAUUUUGCAAAAGUUCAGAGGACGAACGUGGCCAGGUCCGAAAGUUUAAGCCUCUCCUCGGCCACCGGAGCGUUUAAGUUCAUCAAAGACGAAAAGGAGCCCUCUGUGAUUAUGGACACCCCGUGUCCCAACUUCGACCCGUCGUCAGCGAUGCCGGCCAUCGACACCUGCUGCGACACCGACCGGAAGCUGGUGCUGACCGACGGGGAGUCGACCGGCUUCACGCCGGCUGCGGCGGGAUCUCCGAACUUCUUGCUCGAGCUGAACCAGGUGGAGCAGCUCCCGGCGCUCAGCCAGGUGAGGACCGACUCCAGGAGCUGCCUGUCCGGGAAGGCUGUCGUCGGUUUUGACGCCGACACGAACACAGGCCAGCAGCUGACGGCGUACAAGAGCGAAGCCCCGCGCUGGCAGACGCAGACGUCUCCGGCCGAGCCUCAGUACUGGUGCCAGUCCGCGGGGGGGACCGAGGAGCUGUUCGCGCACGGCAGCUUCGAAGGGUUCCAGACUCCGGCCCUGACGCACAGGAACCCGUCCCCUUACUCCGCCUUCCCCGGCAUGCCACCUCAGAGGCUGUGUGUGAUCUGUGGCGAUGAGGCGUCUGGUUGCCACUACGGAGUUUUAACCUGCGGGAGCUGCAAAGUCUUCUUCAAGAGAGCAGUGGAAGGCCAUCACAGCUACCUCUGCGCUGGGCGGAAUGACUGCAUUGUGGACAAAAUUCGGCGGAAGAAUUGCCCCGCCUGCCGCCUCCGAAAGUGCUACCAAGCGGGAAUGAUGCUCGGAGGCAGGAAGCUGAAGCGUUUCGGGGCCUUGAAGGCCUUGGGUUUCGACCCGUCCCUGAUGUUCCAGUCUCACUUGGCCAUGUCUGGCGACAACCAGGCCUUGACCUCCAUGUCUUGCGUACCGGGCAUCCGUGAGGUGCAACUCUCCCAACAGAUCCUCAACAUCCUGGAAAACAUCGAACCGGAGACGGUGUACUCCGGCUACGACAGCAGCCAGUCCGAGGGGCCGCACAUUCUGCUCAACAGCCUCAACCGGCUGUGUGAGAAGCAGCUGCUGUGGAUCGUCAAGUGGUCCAAGUCCCUGCCAGGGUUUCGUAAUCUUCACAUCACUGAUCAGAUGACCCUCAUCCAGUACUCGUGGAUGAACCUGAUGGUGUUCUCUCUUGGCUGGCGCUCCUUUCAGAACGUCACCAGUGAAUAUUUGUACUUUGCUCCUGAUCUUAUUCUCAGUCAGGAGCAAAUGAGGAGAUCUCCGAUUUACGACCUCUGCCUGGCAAUACAGUUCAUCCCCCAAGAGUUUUCAAAUCUCCAAGUGACCCGUGAGGAAUUUCUCUGCAUGAAAGCCAUCAUUUUACUUAACACAGUGCCUUUGGAGGGACUCAAAAGUCAGGCCGCAUUUGAAGACAUGAGACAAAACUACAUCCGGGAGCUGACCAAGGCCAUCCACGUCAGGGAGAAGGGCUUGGUGGCGAGCUCACAGCGAUUCUUCCACCUCACCAAACUGAUGGACGUCAUGCACGAUAUUGUGAAAAAGGUCAACUUGUUCUGUCUGACCACCUUCAUCCAGGCAGACGCCAUGAGGGUUGAGUUUCCAGAGAUGAUGUCAGAGGUCAUUGCCUCCCAGCUUCCCAAGGUCCUGGCUGGCAUGGUGAGGCCCCUGGUGUUCCACACCAAGUGAUGAAGCCCAGCGCACACGUCAGAAACCGGCGGAGACUUCUUGUGAAUUAUUUCCCCCACAAUUACUGGAUUCUUUAUAGCCUUCGUCUAUUGCAGUCAGUCAUUUAUACUCUCCCCAAUUUCCUGUAAUGGUUUUUAAGGGUUAAACAGAAUGUCGUCCUUUAAAAAUGUGUUCUUCAGGACAGAGCUAUCUUGAAUAUUAUAAAGUUAGAAGCACCAAUCAAUAAAUCUCCUCUGUUUAAGUCUGGUGUAUCCAAGCGUUUCCAUCCUACAGCUCGGGUAUAGAUGGUACACACUAGCUGAUGAAAGUUGAGAAUCACUAAUUUCUAUUUUUGUACUGAAGCUGAACAAAAAAGCAUUCUCACCAACCAUUUAUUCAGGAGACACUGAAACCUGCGACUAAUUAAAUUACACAAUCAGUUACAUAUUUGAUUAAAAACAAGCAAAUCUUAAUUUUUUUUAAUUUCAGAAGGUGAGAUUUCAAGUGAGUACAGAAGUUCAUAAAAAGGCCCCAUUUCACAAUAAAAUGUCUGGAUCAGUCCAAACAAAUAAUCUCUUUCUCCUCGAAAUCAAAAUGAAUUACAACUAAAACCCGUACACAUGUUUUUGAGCUGUACACACGACACAAAUAAAUGUGAUAAAUAUAUAACUUCCCUGGUGGAAGUAUUAGAAACGUGUUAUUAAGAUGUUAAACUGCAUCAUCUCUCAGUCUAAUCUUAGCUUUAAAAAACAAAAUAGACCAACCAAAAGCAGAGACAGUUCACGCCCUCACAAUAUAUUCUCACUUCCUGCUUUACAUUUUAAACUUCUAGCUGCAGUGAAACUCGCCAACUGGGACAAAGAAUUUGGACCACAGGUCGAAUGAAUCACGCCGUUUAUUUAAAGACAUGUUUAUGCACCGUCAAAAUACAGUAGAUGAUUGCAAGGAAACAAGCAAUAUAUAUUUAAAAUACCAAAAUGUUACAUAUUUAGGAUAUGAAUAUCACUUCCCCUCCAAAUUCAGACUGUAAGGGAGUAUUACUCCAGCAUAUAUGCUCAGGUCGCCUCGCACUCUUAAAAAUGUAAGUACAAAAGAACAUCAUGAUCCUGACAUUUGGAGUACAUUCUCAGUUUGUAAUUACUGCAUAGCGUGUGUGUUGUUGAUCAGUCUCUAUAUUUAAAAACGGUUCCUUUUUUCCUGAAAUAGUACCACUGAAGUUACCUUCUUUUCAAUAAUCGUGACCAUUGUACCUUGGAAAUGUUGUGGCAGAAAUUUAAAAAAGAAAUAUAAAAUGAUAUCGUGACCACUAUAUAAUCUGGUGCCAGUGUACCAGUGAGUACAGUACCACAAGGGACAUUAAACUUAACCUCCAGAAAGCAUUCAUGAGAUUAUAACAAAAAAACAAAAAAAAGAAAUUGUAAAAAUAUUUGGCACGGCAUAUAUUUGCUGUGAUAAUUUAAAGUAAUAAACAGUUAAACAAAGUAAAUAUUUUGGAUUAACAAGUACAGAAGAAGUCAUGAGCACUACUGUCCAGUGCAGUACUGUGUAGCUCACAGGAACGUGAGCCGGUUCAGUGGAUGGACAACGAUCACAAACAUGGACGUUAAGGUGCAAACCCAUUCUGCUUCUCUUCAUUAGAUUCUCAUAGAUUAGAUCAGUGUCACGGUUCAAAAAAUCCCAUUUUGUUUCAAUUACAGCUGAUAGAGGAUUUUUGUGAAACUGGAUUUCCUUUGAUGAAAGGAAAGUGUUAUGUCGAUAUAAUGAGAAUGUUAAAAGAUAAUAUAUUUCUGAGAAUAAAACUUGUGAAAUUA